AUGGUGCAGCAUCCGAAGUGUGUGGGCGUGGCAGUCAGAGAGCGUCUUUGUGUUCCAGGAGACGCUGCAUUAAUUGUUGGAAAGAGGAGAAUUUCUGUUCUUGAGUUUAGCACGUCACCAAAGCCAGUUAAAUUGACCUCUCAUGGUUAUUUUGAUUUUUUUUCUGCAGGUGAUCUGCUGGUACAGGACGAAGAGGGCUACUACUACUUCGUCGACCGUCUGGGCGAUACUUUCCGUUGGCGAGGUGAGAACGUCUCCACCACAGAGGUGGAGAACAUUGUCUCCAGGGUGAUAAACUUUGCGGACUGCGCUGUCUACGGAGUAGAGGUGCCUCACAACGAGGGCCGAGCCGGUAUGCUCAGUCUGGUUUCCAAUCCUGGCAGUCGGAAACGAACCAGUAGCGUCAGUGCCGGUGCUGGCCCCGGCGAUGCCGAUGUCAGUCCCGCUGAACAGCUGGCUAGAGAGACUCAAGCCCUCAAUGACCUAGCGGUCACCUUCGCCGCCCAGCUGCCUGUCUACGCACGUCCGCUGUUUGUGCGCUUCAGC